AACCAGCCCCUCUCUGCUGUGCUCUCUGCCUCCUUUUGCGGCUCCAGCCCCGCUUUAAACGGCAGCUGAGCGCUCAGCGGACAUGGACACAUCCGAACUUUAACUUUCAAGUCUUUCUCCUCUCUUGCCCGCGCUCCUCUCCUCUCUUGUCCUCCCCUUCCCUCUCCCGCUGAGCUGAGCUCCGAGUGAGAAGCUGCGCUGGCAGCUGCCGUCUCAUGGAAAUCUAAUUUUGCUCUAAUUUUCGGUCAGUCGCUCAGGUCUGUGGAGGCUAUUGUCGUUUCGCUGCUCCCUUGGUUUUAAUGGUUCACUCAUGCGUCGGGAAUGCCAUGGCCACUCCGAGCGCACAGCAACAGGAUUAUUUCAGAUCGGUGAGCAGCGAAUCAACCACCUACAUGAUGGUCCCGGCAGGCGGGCCGAACGCGGCAGCGCGCCGGGAGACGCCGUCCAAGAUGUGGGUGGCUAUGGUGGUGAUAGUGGUGGUGGUGUUGCAGAUUGCUUCGACCACGGGACUCUUUGUCUACCUGAAUAUGUCGAUAUCACAGGUGCGUAGCCAGGGAGUGACAGAGGAGUUAAAAUGCCUGAGUUUACUAAAUGCUCUGGAUAAGGACCAGGACAUCCCAGAUCAGCUGGCCCAGCUCUUCGGCGAACCCUGCAUCAAACUGGCCGAAGGCAUCAAAGCUUACAUCUCCAAGGUGGCAGAUAGCAUCAUCUCAAAGCGCAUCUUCACUGAGGCGAGAACCAUGCCUCACAAUUUCAACAACUCGGGGUCAAAGUUUAUGAGCCCCGUGACCCAGAGGCCGUCUGCCCACUUGACCCUCAGAGACGCCAGUUCUCAAGGGUUUUCUUCCUCCCUGAGCAUCAUGCCAGGUCUUCAUCAGUCCUGCCGCCAUUUAGUCCGCUCAUGGGCCAAUCAGAGCCUAGGAGCUCACCUGCACAACAUGACCCUGUCUAAUGGGAAGCUCCGAGUGCCCCAAGAUGGGAGGUACUAUCUGUACUCACAGGUGUAUUUCCGUUAUCCAUCCCCAUCUGCAAAUGAGGGGGACCAGCGCAGCGUCAGCCACCAACUGGUGCAGUGCGUCUACAAGAAAACUUCCUACCCAAGCCCCAUACAGCUUCUGAAAGGUGUGGGAACCAAAUGCUGGGCUCCGGACGCUGAGUACGCCCUACACUCCGUUUACCAGGGAGGACUGUUCGAACUGAGGGCCGGUGACGAGAUCUUCGUCUCUGUCUCUUCCCCCACCAUGGUAAAUGCAGAAGAAUCUGCAAGCUACUUUGGCGCCUUCCGUCUGGACCUCUGAGAGGAAAGGAUUGGAGAAAAAAAAAGAAGCGAUGGGACAAUGGAUGGAUAAACAGAUGGGCUGGAGAGCUUGGGGCCUUUUGAAUAUCCACUGAUUGGGGGAAAAUGGUCCUAUAGACAGAAGAGGGAGAUGGAGGUCUGGAUCUUCAGUGUUUGCUUGGGCAGAUGCACUGAAGGAUGGAAGAACUGGGGUUUGAAAGAUCUACGUGAGUAAAGAAUGCUGCAAGAGCGCAGUGGAUUUGCCUUUCCAAUCUCUCGAUCAAGAGAAACCAAGACUUCAAGAUAAAAGACGUGCAAUUAUGAAAAAUAAAUAAAUGUGAGGACUUUGAUUUACAGUUGAUUCUUAAGGGGGAAUUUGCCACAGGAAAAAAAUAAAAUCACAACCUUCCAGAUAGAUGAAGUUCAGAAAUUAGUCCACCUUGUUAUCUAGAUCUCAACAUAACGCAACCCUGCAUGUGUGAAAAUGUCUUUGACCUUUUUAUGGGGAAAAAUUAAACCCUUGGAUUUGGAUUUGAAGAAUUUAUACAGAAUAAAAACUUUAGUCUCUACAUCAAAGAUGCGAGUAAAGACUGAACGGCUGCAGAAGAAAAUGAAACAAUCAAACCAAAGCAAAAACUUUUUUUUUAAGUGUGCGAUGGGAGUUCUGUACAUAUGUAUGGCUGAGAAUGAGAUUUACACAAUGGACUGUGGUGAUUUUAAAAGUAAUUCAUUUUUAUUUUACCUUUGACUGGACUUAAAACCACUUGGGGAAUCUAAAGACUUCCUACUUGCGAAACACUAAAACUGUGGAUUUUAUGUAAAGACUUUUAGUGGAGGAAGAAGAUUGCCUCUGUGACAAACUGUAGAAAGAGCCAAGAGCUUUGUGAAGAGGAGUCUGCAAGCCAAGAAGAAGUGAAAACAAGGAGGGAGAAAUCUUGUAAACGCCAAUAAGAAUUAGCCCGGCACUGAAAGAUUAAAGGAGCGAUGCUGUGGGUAGUAUGCAGCCUGACCACUCUGCCUGGUUGAUGUCUCUUCUUUCUCUUUCCCUUUAUUCCUUCUCUCAUCUUUUCAUGUUAACUAUUUUAUCUAUCUUGUCCAACCUGUGAAGCUGCAUUAUAUUUGAGUUCAUGGAGCAGUUAUGCAACCAACCACAAAGCAACAAUGUGAGAAGAAGAUGACAGAAACACAUGCAAAUAGUCUAGUUUCACAAUCACAGAGAGCAUGGAUUAAAGUGACAUUUAGGGUGGGUUACAUGGAGUUGUUGUUUUCACUGCAAUGAUCAUUGGUUCCUUAACAUAAAAAUCUCAUUUUGGAUACAUGGAGUUAACAUAGUUAUUGGUGUAUCGCAUUAUCUUUGCAGGGUAGUAGCUCAACUUGAACAUGGCAAAAUGUGCACUUACCUAAAACGACUGCAGCAUUUAGUUAAUGGACUGGUUCUUAUAUAGUGCUUGUCUACUCUGAGCACUCAAAGGGCUUUAUACCGCUUGCCUCAUGCACCCAUUCACACCUAUUCACACAAGCACAUUUUUCUAUGCUUUCUUUCACUGUAAUUGUUGCUCUAGCUUCUGCAUUUGGGGAAAAUAUAAAACCCGUCAAGUCUCAACACCAAAAAAAUGCAUGAGUUAAAAAAAGAAAAAGAAAAUUCUAGUAUCUAGCACACAAAAGGUAGAGAUCCCUGGGAGGGUUGCAUCAGGAAGGGCAUCCAGCCUAAAAAUCUGUGCCAAAUCAAAAAAUGUGGAUGCAUCCGCUGUGGCGACCCCUUGUAAAGCCAAUAAAAGUUUUCUCGGUGCUAGCUAGAAUGGAACAUAUCGUCCUCCUACUUGCUGAAAAAUGAUUGGUGAUCCUGCCCUUAAGCUAGGUAACCCAGCUUUCCAUGCUAAACAUUUUAACCACCUUCUGGACACUCAGAAUGCAAAAAAUCCAUACCUUCAGCAAGAACAUGGGUUUAGCAGAAAAACCCAAAGGAACAUUUUGAUAGUUUGAACAGCAGUCACCCACUGGUUUGUGGACAUUCUUAAGCUUUGAGUUUAGCAUUGUGAUGGUCGGUAUCUUCAGCUUGCAUCUGGGAACAUCUGGGAGACUGUUUACUGAGGUCGGACGUCAUGGGAGAAGCGGGAUAAUUUUCCUGCUGACUUCUACAUGAUCACACCUGUUUCUGCAACAAGAGAUUUGCCCCCUGCUGGUUAUGAGAAGGACUACAACUGUAAAGCAUUUGGACUGGCAGAAAGGCUGGUUAAGCAGUCUGUGCCCAGGUUAAGGGAAGAUAAACAAUACUUUUAUUAUGCAACCACAGCUAUGUUAUUAUUGUAGACUUCAGCGACAGUGAAAGAAAUAGGGUAUGGAAACCAAUUUAAUGCAUCGGUGCUGAAACUGUUUAUUCAGAAACACAAACAGCUGACUAAAAUUGGCUGACAGUCACUUAGUAACACUGGUGGAUACACAUAACAAUUGCAAACAUUAUGAGCAGUUCAGAAACUGUAUUCUCAAACACACUCAGAUGCUACAAAUCUGAAACACAGGAUCCCACACCAAGUCAAGCGAACACAGACCCAAGAUUUGGAACGAGUGAGAGGAUAUUUGCAGACAUAAACCAUGCACCGCCUAGCACAGACACAACCCCUACAUGCUUUUUUUCUCUGUAUGCGCAUAAAAAAGUACACACAUCACCUCACACUACAUCCAGGCUAGCCUGCGCUAUGCAGACACACACAUCAUCCAAUGUCACAUCCAGCGUGAAGACAUAUGCCCUGAUUAAUCUGGGCUGUCUAGCCUCCCUGUGCCAUCUGGUAAUUGUCAGUGAUCUGGCAUAGAGCGAGGGUGCGCACACAAGAAUAUAUGUUUGUUAAAAGGGCUUGGUUCACAUAGACCAUUCAGAAAACGGGGUAAAAAAAAAAAUGUCUUUCACGUGUGUUUAUUUGCGAAUGUGACCUUAAGUUUGCUUUGUACACUUUGUACACUCAAGCACAUAUUUGAUACGGUAACAUCCAGACUAAGCCCCUCCUUCCCAUACAGCACAGGACAUCGUUGUAUGCAUACCCUGAAGAAGGCUAUGUUAUAAUGUAGUUUUGUCAGGCAUGCUAUGAAACACAGCAACAGAGCUGGUUUAUUUUUCUGCUCAAAUCACAAAAUUAAAGGUAAAUCUCAUAUUGCAUUAAAAUUACUGUUUGAAGCUUCAUUUUUGCUGGGUGGCACACACCUGCACAUGCUUCUUAUGCUCUAACGCUUCCUGUAUGAAGUCAAGUUAUAUUCCAGUUAAAAUAAUAUAUGGUAACUUCAACAAUUAGGUCAGCCAUUAACCAAGAUUUUGGCAUUAUCUGGGUUUGAUGUGGAAAGAUAUUUGUGGUAAAGCUAAAAUUUUACUUUCUGCCAACUAAACUGUCAACCAGACAGGCCUAGAGACCAGUCAGAAACACCCUGACAACUCGGUGGCUAGAGAGUGCUGCACAAAAACCUGUGUGAUUGCUUUGGUUGCUAGCAGAUUACUGAAGUUGCCGAUAAUUUGCAGGAAAGUUGCAGAAAUAUCUGCAAACAUGUUCCAAUUACUGGCCAAGCCUUAGUAAAACUUAAAAAUAUAUGAUUCAAACCAGAAAUGUAGAAAGUUAACUAAGUAAAUGUUGUGCUUUGCUGCUAUAACCAAUGUGUUUCAAAAGAUGCAUCUUUUACUUUGACGGAGAACUGUCUUUGUGUUGUACUUUCCUUAAUUACAUUGCCUUUUGGUGACUAUUUGGCGAAGGUUUGCAGACAAGUCAGUGUCUCCCGUGCAGCAGCAGCAAUCUGCUAACAAGGUUUUUAGUGCAACACCUUCUUGGUAGCCAGUUUCACAUAGUGACUACCAGGAACCUCCAUGAACCACUCAAUAACAUACUGGGGAUUUCACAUUUUUACUUGUUGCUGCCACAGCGGUCAUUCUCUAGGCCUGUAUGACUGGGGUGUAGCUAGCUAUAGCUAGUAGAUAAUUAGCUUAGAUUAGCCUAGGUAUGGGAAACAGCAGAACUGAUAAGAAGCUGCAUUGAAACUUUUCAAAUGUUUAAUAGUAGCAGCUUAAUAAAAUCACAGUAUAGAAGACAGGCUAUUUGUGAGAAAUUAGUGAGCAUUGGGAAAAGUCGUGGUCCAUGUUUAUUUUUUGUGCUAUGCUAACUUGGGUUUUACAAUUGUCAGGCAAAAACAAUGUUAAAAAUUGGCUCCAGGUUUAACAGAAAGGAUUAUAAAAUAACAUAUUUCAGCAUUUAGCUUUGUUGGGGUCGCUGUGCAUAGUGAUUUAAAAUGUUUCAGCAGUUAUAUUAAUAUUUACCAUUUAGGUUCCCCUCUAAAGGGUCAAAAGAUGAUAACUGAGAAGUUUAUGCCAUGUAAAGUCACUUUUCCAUCCAUAAAUUAUUGUCCUCUGAGAUGUAUUCAUUAUGCUGAAGCCAAAGACUUCAGAGAUCCAUAUGUUGCAAGUAAUUGAACAGUUGUUCUGUUAUGAUUUGAUUCACAGAUCAUUUCAUUACAUUUCUGUGUACACACUCGUUACUCCUGCUGGUUGGUUAAUUAAAUUUCUGAAGCUAAAAUGUUUUUCAUGUGUAGUACCCUGCAGAGUGAGUGUGUUCGUCUCUCCGCACUUCACUUUCUGUUAGAUAAUGUAUAAAUAAGGACACAUGCUGGUUUAGUUUAUCAUUUAAAAAACAUAAAAACCAUGAGCUUGUCAGCACACUGUGGGGUAAUGUCACAACAAAUCAUCCAAGUAACGCAAAACAUCUACAUCAGAUGGUGUUUGGUUGGGGCGAAAUAAAUCCAAGUCAUUGGAUUUUACUAGGCAGAUGAGCAACAAUAGUCGGUCCUAAACUCAGAGUACAUCACUGGAUCCAUAAAAAAAGCUUUCCCCAAACUACUCAAGGUUAUCACAGAAAUAUUAACUAACACGAUAGUCAUGUAAAACAGUGACAAAAUGUUAGGACUUGAAAUGAAUCAAAGACUAGGUGUUGCCACUGUCUGGUCUUGUGGUUGUGGUCACUCUUUUAUGUGUUGGACAUAAGAUGGACAUAACGUUCAUGUGCCUUAAACCUACAUUUUUACUAAUGUCCAGCAGGGGGCGACUCUUGCGGUUGCAAAAAGAAGUCAGAUUGUAUGGAGGCCAAUGAGCAAAAAGUCUAACUUUUUAACUUAUCUGCAGCCACUCUAAACACAUUCCUGAUGUGUUUAUGGUCUCAAUUACGACUUCUAAGCCUUACUAAAUACAACAUGGUUGCUAUUUUGGUGAAUAUUGGCAGGAUUGAAAGUAUAGUGCAGGAGAAAGCAAGAGCAUAAAGUUCAAAUUAAUGAGGCGACUUAAAGUAAAACCAAAGUUUAUCAUAUGUAAAUGCUACUCACCAAGCAGAUGGUAAUUAGAAGGGUCGUAUUGUGAGAUAGGAAGAGAAGAUAUAUAUGUGUGGUCUGCUGACAAUCCAACACGUGUUUAGUUAAAUCUGUUGCAUUGUGAAAGAUAAAACAUCACCAUCCCGCGAUGUUUACCUUUGCAGUUCAGUUCUUAUUAUUGAGCAAGGCCUGUUUUUGAUGUGUUUUGGUAAAAUAUUGCUUUUAGUUUGAAAUCAGAUCUUGUCUGUUUUUCUGUGUGUGUAUGUGUGUGUGUGUGUGUGUGUGUGUGUGUGUGUGUGUGUGUGUGUGUGUGUGUGUGUGUGUGUGUGUGUGAGUGGUUACGCACAAAAAUGCACAAAAGUGGUUUUGGACAACAGUUGAAAGCAUUGCUCUUGAAACUGCCAGACCACGAGUCAGACAAAUUGUCCAUCUCUUGCUCUCUACAAGACCUGGAAAGAGAAACUAAGCCAUCACCGUGGGGCACUCGAAAAUCUAGACCUCAUGUAAGUCAGCGUUGAGAUCUUUUCCAGCUAUGCUCUGUUUCGAGCUCCCAUCCAAGAUUCAUGCUGUGUUUAUAUUUUGCAAGCAGCGUGGCGUGCUGAACAUAGAUAUAUAUUUUCAAGGGGAGGGCUUCACGAGUCCAGUUUCACUUUGACAGACUGGGUGUCCAAACACAACAGCUUCUCCAGUCUUGGCUUUACACAGGGUGGGGAAAACACCACCUUCAAGCUCCUGUUUUGAUCCCGGUGAGGUUGUAGCUGUAUUUAAGGGUCUGAGGUCGUGAUUCCCCGACAAAAUAAACCUUUUGGACACUAAUAAACAAGCUGAAUGCAUCCUUUCUCAUAAAACACACAUUGAGAGCCAAAUUUUGGAAGAACUUGAAGCAUGCAUUUUAAAUUCAUAGCAACCAUCUACCUUACAUAUCUUAACAUGUUACCAUAAUGAUUUUGCACAGAACCACAAGUGAGACCAUUAUAUGUUAUAAUUUGACCACAGUUCCUGCCAAUUAGCUAAUUUUCUAUGGUUCAAAGUUGUUCCCCAGGUGCAACCCAGCCAUUAUAUUUGGUUUCAACACCAGCUCUAAGAAACAUCUGUUGCCUAUUAAAUAGCUGCAUGUUGCAGGACACUUAAAGAAAUAAUCAAAUUUAAGUCUAUUUAACAGCUCAAGUGACUGGCAGAUUUUGAAAUACGCCCCCAAAUGUUGGUGGAGUACCACAUGCACAGCAAAUAUGCCGCAGUGCUCUGUUGGCACCGACAUGAAACAACUAACUCUAUCAACUCAUCAGGACCAGAUUAGUGUUCCUUUUGCCAGUUUUUGCAGGGAACUGACACAAUGAUAAAUACUGUUUUGUAUUAUUUGGCAAAUUUAUUGAACACGGCAACUGAAGAGGAUAAACACAACCAGAUCCCCCAAAUUUCUUUAUGUCUGCACAGGCGUACUUGUCAGAACUCAAAUAUUUAUAUUUUAUUGCAAGCACUGAAACAGCCCUCGAGGAGGUGAGGACAGGCAAAUUUCCCCCACUGCAGAAGACUGGAACUGUGUACAUAUUUGAAUAUCUUACAAAUAAAAGACAAUCACUGUUACGCAAUAAGUCGAAACAUAUGCCAAACAAGCGUCUGAAAACAGCAGAGUCCUUUUUUUAAAUCGCUGCUUCUAUUUCUGACUUUGAUGCGCGCCACUAUGCAGAUUUGUAUCAGUUGUCACUAAGCAGCACCGCUUGCAUAAUUAAACAUUAAAUGUUUUGCACAAAAGCAGAACAAGUGCUGUUUAUGCUUUGCCUGCAUGCCUGCGUUUUCCAAGGAUGUGAAACAAGCAAUCUCAUAAUCAGCUGGCUGACUAAGCUUUCAUCCAAAACCUCACAUAUAAUUCUCUUCUUUCCAAAAAUGAACACAUUUCCUUUCCAGUGCUAGCUUAACUAAGAGUACAAGAGUGAAUGUGCUUUGAGUUCCCAAGGAUGCAUUAACAUGCAGACUGGAUGAGGCGGUGACCCACUCUACCACCAAAUUACACAUUUAGAAUUUUUCCCAAGAAAGUAAUCGCUCCGUGUUUUAGAUGGAUUAGCACUAGUUGGAAACUUUUUAUUACAGUGACAGUAGCGUACUGUAUUUUCCUCAAGUCGGCUACCAUGGUUUUCACUCCUCUGCUACACUCUGCUUCACACACAGAGUGUAGCAGAGGACAUACUCAUUGAAACAGAGAGCAACUAAACAGCCGCAGACUUACACUGAGCUGAAAUGAAUCAAGUGCACAUAGACAACAUAAAUCUUAGACUUCAUUAUGAAGCAGCUACUAGUGUGUUGUUAGUGUUAGAUAAAGCUUGUUUCCAAGUCCCCACUCUGACAAAUCAGCUACAUUGAUGAAUUUAUUUCUUAGGCUUGCAGCGUAUGAAACUAUCACUGUCUGAAUCUGAGAUUAUGAGGUCACUGGUACACUACAGUCACGAGGUGGAGAUUUUCGUUCAUGAUUGUUUCUGCUCAUAUAUGUCUUUUAGCUUAUAAAAAAUGACAUGUUAAUACACUACAAACUGAUUCUCAUCACAGGGAUCAGUGAAACAAACAGUUCUCCAUUAAAGCAGUUUAUGAAUGUAGAUACUGUUCAACACAUAGCCUUUUCCUUUUCUUAAAAUCACAUUUGAUACCAACUGAAGAAUGUACAUGUAAAGUUCUGCUGAUUGCCUUGUGCCUUUUAAAAAUAAUGCUCCUUUGUGUUAUUUUGUGCUCAAAUAAAGUGCCUACUGUCAAACAGGAA